ACGAUAUCUGUCUACUUUCAAUUAUAAACGUUGCUUCAGGCUUGAAGUUUGACUUUGCCGAGGUUCAUUAUAUCACGUGAUACGCUGUUCCGCGGAAUUGAUGUUCUAAAUUUAUAUGGGAGCCACGAACCUGUCUUUGCUUUCUUUGCUACUCCUUUCCCCAAUAUGAACCACGUCGAAACAGCACUAUUCAGAGCCUCUCUCAUCUCCCCAAAGGUCCAAGCGUCUCUCCCAAAAGGCUACGUUCUUAGACCACUGCAAAGUGGAGACUACGAGCGCGGUUUCUUGGACGUUCUGAAGGUCCUUACCGAGGUUGGCGACCAUACUAAGGCACAGUGGUUAGAGCGUUUCAACUAUCUUAAGCAACACAGCCAUGAGUAUUUCACGAUCGUUAUCGUUGAAGAAGCCAAGAAUAAAGUGGUUGCUGCCGGAAGUGUCAUUGUAGAGCGCAAAUUUGUGCAUCUAAAUGGUCUUGUUGGCCAUAUCGAGGAUAUCGCCGUGGACGCAAAUCAACAGGGUAAAAAGUUUGGCAUCAAAAUUAUUGAGGCUUUGAAAUAUAUUGGAGAGAACACUGGAUGCUAUAAAGUGAUCCUUGAUUGCUCUGAAAAGAAUAUUCCAUUCUACGAGAAAUGUGGUUUCUCACAUAAAGAGUAUGAAAUGGUCUGGAGACCAAGCCCUAGUGCAAAGCUCUGAAGCAGUCGUCUGCACAAUCAACGCGAAUAUGGCUUUUCUUUACACAUUUCAUUCUUAUGCUUCUACCACUAGCAAAUACCAGCGCCUCCAGAUU